UGGUUGGUUUGCGUGGAGGAACUGCGCGGCGGCAGUCGAGGCCGCGAGGCUCAGUGCUGGGGAGCGCAGCCUCGCGAUGUGUCAGCUUCUCAGUGCUGUUCCACACGCUUACGGCUUCUUUCCUCGUUCGAACUUUUCCUUUCUCCGCGUGAUUCACGAGUGACGGCAUGCGUCCUUAGUUCGGCCCUCCGCGUUCUCCGCUUUCCGCUUAAAUCCGAGCAAAGAGUCUCGCGCGUUUCCGUUCACGUUCGGUCUCGGUUCCGCGUUAUCGGUAUCGGUCGCAGGAGGAACGUCGGCGUCGCGUCGCGUCCCGUCGCGUCGCGUCGCGUCGCGGUCCGCGAGUGCGUCCGUCGCCGCGUGUGUGUUUGAGUGCGUGUGAAAGCGCGUCGCGUCGCGUCCUCCACCGCGAGGCGGUACAGUCGUCUGCCAUGAGCGCGAGAAUCGUGGCCGCGAUGAUGGCGCCGGCCAGCGUCGCCUUCGUCGCCGCGUUCCUCGCCGGAGCCACGCGGCCGUUGCUGUUCUAACCGGGCACGGUGGAGCGUUCCAGCAACCAGCACCACCAGCACCGUCGCCGCGUCGUCUGCCAGCCGAUGGAAAUGGAUCCGUAUGGGGUCGGUUGGCCGCCUCAAGGUCAUGGUGCCGCCGCCAGUAGCGGGAACGGCGGCGGCGGCGGCGGCGGGAGCGACGGUGCGAACACGAUCCCGCGAUGCUGGAGCCGAGCGUGCAGGUCGACCGAGCCGUCGCCGAUGCGGCCGAUCGAGCACAGCAUGCGGUCCACCGAGGCGAUGCGCUCGAUGGAGUCGAUGAGAUCGAUGGACUCGGUGAUCAAGCAGCCGUCGUCGGCGGACCCGAUGCGGGCCGCCGUCGACCACCAUCAGUCGAGCAGGUCGCUCGAGGCGAUGACCAGGCCGAUGGAGCAGCAGAUACGCACCGAGCAGCCGCGAUCGGUCCAGGUCGAGCAUCCGCAGCCAUCCUCGUCCUCGAUGUCGCCCGGCCGCGGCCCGGUCGUCUGGCCCGACGUCGAGCACCACGCGAUGCGCGCCAUAGAGCACCCCUGCCGGCUCAAGGACCACGCCAGCUACAUGCACGACCAUCACUUCGGCCGCAUGCACGACCACGGGUGCAGGUCCGUCGAGCACGUCUCCCGCAUGCUCGAGCACCGUCUUCACGAGCAGCACCCCGGCCGACCGCCGAUCGAGCAAACGCCGACCUGCCGAUCCAUGGAGCAGACGCCCUGCCGAUCCAUGGACCAGACCACCUGCCGGCCGAUCGAGCAUCCCCCGAUGCGACCGCCGCCCUUAAACUACACCUGCCGACCGCUCGAUCACGCUCCCGGAAGACCCAUGCCGAUGGACUGUGUCAUCUACGGGCCGCACACCCAUCCGCCGCCGAGGCUGCCCACCGAAAGCCCGUACCGCGUCAACUGUCCCGUGCACAGCCCCUUUCGUUACAGAUUCCCGAACGGCGCUGCCACCGAUUACCACUCGCACCAGGCGUUGUUGCAAGCGCACGACGUAGCAGGACACGAAGUUUACGGCGAAGAAGCCACGAGGGUGACGCCGCCGCCUCUCCUUCCAUAUUUAAACGGAGGCGAUGAUCUCGAGGGACAGAACGGCGAUCUAGACCUCGAGAAUGUGACGCGUGUCAGGCUGGUCCAGUUCCAGAAGAACACCGAUGAGCCGAUGGGGAUCACUCUGAAAAUGAACGAAGAUGGCAAAUGCGUGGUAGCACGAAUUAUGCACGGUGGAAUGAUACACCGACAAGCGACUCUUCACGUCGGUGAUGAGAUCCGAGAAAUUAACGGGAUACCAGUGGCCAAUCAAUCUGUCAAUGCGUUGCAAAAAAUACUCCGUGAAGCACGAGGAUCAGUGACCUUCAAAAUCGUGCCGUCGUACAGAAGCGCGCCGCCACCCUGUGAGUUGUUCAGGAUUAAGCCUCUGCCAGUGUUAAUUUUCGUACGAGCGCAAUUCGACUACGAUCCGCUGGAGGACGAGCUGAUCCCGUGCGCCCAGGCCGGGAUCGCGUUCAAGACCGGCGACAUCCUGCAGAUCAUCAGCAAGGACGACCACUAUUGGUGGCAGGCGCAGAAGGAUAACGCGGCGGGUUCCGCGGGCCUGAUACCUUCGCCUGAGCUGCAAGAACGGCGCAUCGCCUACAUGGCGAUGGAGAAGAACAAACAAGAACAAGAUGCUGAAGGAGAAGGAGGAUGUUCUUCUCACACCGAAGGCUGCGACGGUUCGACAGUGAAUUGCUCAAUAUUUGGCCGAAAAAAGAAGCAAUACAAGGAUAAGUAUCUCGCAAAACACAACGCAGUGUUUGACCAGCUGGAUCUGGUCACCUACGAGGAGGUCGUUAAGCUACCCUAUCCUGCAUUCCAGCGGAAAACACUAGUCUUAUUAGGAGCCCAUGGUGUUGGUCGUCGGCAUAUAAAAAAUACGAUCAUCGCAAAACAUCCCGACAAAUACGCCUAUCCUAUUCCACAUACAACGAGGCCUCCGCGGAACGACGAAGAAAAUGGUCGCAAUUAUUAUUUCGUAUCGCACGAAGAGAUGAUGGCUGACAUAACAGCCAAUGAAUAUCUAGAAUACGGCACACACGAGGAUGCUAUGUACGGAACGAAACUCGAAACGAUUCGUAAAAUCCAUGAAGAGGGAAGGGUGGCCAUAUUGGACGUCGAGCCACAAGCCUUGAAAGUGUUACGCACGGCAGAAUUCGCACCGUAUGUCGUAUUCAUCGCUGCUCCGGUAUUCCAGAACAUGGCCGAUUGCGACGGAAGCCUGGAGAGAUUGGCGAAGGAAUCGGACUCGCUGAAGCAGGUGUACGGGCACUUCUUCGACCUGACCAUCGUGAACAACGACAUCGAGGAGACGAUCGCGCAGCUGGAGGCCGCGAUCGAACGGGUCCAUACGACACCGCAGUGGGUGCCUGUGUCCUGGGUCUACUGACAGCGAACCACGCCAGUCCGUCAAAUCAACAUCGCAGACUGCAACGGCUCGUCGAACGUGAAGCUAUGAUCGUCGGAUCACGAUCCACCGAACGGCCGGUCCAAUCGCGAUCGUUUCGCGGGGAGCAGCACGGUUUUGUUCCCUGCUCGUGACCGCAGUUAUUCGCGGUGCUCGCUGAACAUCGGAACCGUGGUCAAUUCGGGACAGACAGGCACGUACAUACACGUCGGACCAAUCGAACGAACAAACGAAUGAUACAUUUCACACCGCGUCGAUCCUGCGACCGAUCUCUGUGUAAGCAUGAUAACGAUGAUACCGCGAGGGCGCGUCUACUUUUGGCCGUGUGUUCACGAAGAAUUUUUUCCAUUGCCGCUGAUGCCGCUACUGCUGCUGUUCGCUGUCGCUGCUGAGCCAACGUUUAUUCGUUACUCUAUUCUAUAUAAUGUUCGGGGUGAAGAGAAAGCAAAGAGACAAAGCUGAGGUGUCGUGGCCUCGGGGCGCCGAACACGACAAUCAAAAACCAAGAGAACAUAACGUCUCCAAUAUCUCUCGAUAUUUGUGUAAGAUAAUCAGCGUUCCUCGGAUCCGACGUGAACCAUUUCCUUGGAAGAGCAUCGAGGGGAUCGGGUGGUCAGCGGUGACGCGUGAGAAAAUGAUCCACCGACGAACUACCAUCGUUCAACGUCCCCCGGCGGCGACUUCGCCGCGACCCACAGAGUUUUCUCUCUUUCUCUCUUCACGGCCGAAUCGUGUCUCGCAUUUACUUUUCCACGUUUUUCUCUCUGUGUCUGUCUCUCCCUUCCGUUCUUUCGUUCGCUGCAUUUCUUCUCGAGACAUUCCCGGUGCCGUCGAACAUGAUCGCGCGCACAACACAACCACGAAUUUAUCGCUGUUUUCGUCAGCCAGUACGGAUUACGAAGCUACGAUGGGAACCGUGCAAGUAUUACCAAAGAGUGUCGAACGAGCACCAUCCGCGAAGCACCCGCGAUUGCUCCAUCGGAUGCAGAUUCAAGGGAUACGAUUCGAUAACGAGAACAGAAAUUAAUUAUUAGGGAUGGGUAUGGGUAUGGGGCUGGGGGGUGGGAGGGGGAUCGUGUUGGUUGAGAAGAAGGAACGGUCGUUCGAGAGCUGUUCGUGAAUGUUGACCGAGUGAACAACACUUGUACCGUUAUUCCGAAAUCUGUCAAUCGACUAUCCGUAAAGAAACCUAUUAUUGCCUCCUAUCGUACUCUCUUGUAAACUAUUUACACGAAAUGAAGAAAACUAGGGCAGCGCUACUGGUCGAUAGUCUAACCCACCGUUAAAUAGUCAAUCCGUUCAAGUUGAAGGUACAUUGGACUAUCGACAAAACUAGUCGUUUACUUGUAAUUUUAAGCAGUAGGAGAACUUCGCCGAUUUCGUCUAGUACUUCGAAACGUCUACGAGGAGGCUCGUCGUCGCGGCGACCCUCUUUUCGAGUAUAUGCGCGAGCGCUACUCUUCUUUCACCGUAUCGUUUACAUUACGUUCCAGUUCUCAUUCGGUUCCACCACUCUCCUCUUCGAACGAUUUCGGUUCGCUUCCGUUUCUUCCGUCGUUUUCAUGAACUUUCCUUCCGUUCGACUCGAUUCACCGCCAGAUCGGGGACGUCCGAACCCGGUUCCUUCCGGUUUCAAAGUCUACACGAUCUGCCACGCCUUCCUCAAUCCCUUCGAACCGGUUGUACAAAGCAGUUAAACGUGCACCUCGGCGCAGCCAUAUUCAUUGCGAUACUUCAGCCGAGAAAGUUUGUACAUUUUCUGAAAUGGAGCAACUUCUCUUUCAGUUCUUUCUAAACUACGAAUCUUUAUGGAAGCUGAUCCAUUGAGACAUUUUUUUGGGGAAGUUGUCUCCGGUUGGAAUCGCGGAGGAAAUAGCAAAGAUUUCUUUCUGUAACUUGAUGGCACGGAGAGAAAAUUUUCAAACCGCGAUUUUUAGUAUUUGUCUUGCAAUUCUUACCGAAUGCAAUUUUCUCGACAAUUGUUUUAUCCGGUCGAUUAAAGCCUUCUUUACAUCUAAAUGAAAUUCAAGAGGAUCGAACGAAUUUGGACAAAGUUGUUCUGUUUUGAAGUACAAAUGGUAUUUUGUUGACUGUUUGUGUGUAAGCUGAGAAUUACCGAAGCAGUUUCGUUUCAUACUCGUUUGAAAGAAGUUACAACAAACAUGCAGCUCGCGAAGCUUUCUUAUGCAUUUAUCUAGGAAACUUUGUCGACAAAUUCUGAGGGAAGUAGAUUAAUUGGGAUUUGCAUCCACAAAUUAUCAUUUAAGUCACGAAAAUAAAGCUUGCUCCUACGAAGACAAAUUUGCAGACCAGCGGAAGUAUUGUAAGCCAGCAUUUAGAGUAAUCAAUAGACUGCAAGAGUAAACUGUUCUGCGCAAUUGCAGCACAAACAGAAAUUAUAUAGAAGUUUCUCUCCCUGUCUAGCAAUCUCAAUGAGUUGAAAAUAAUCAAUAAACAUUCCAAAUUCUAUUAACGUUCCAGCUGUUUGAGAUUUUAUCUGUGCGUUUCUAUUAUAAAUGCUUAAAAUCCGCAGUCAAGCUUUUGUCGGCAUUUGCCUCCAAUUUUUUCCCUCGAUGUAAACCUUGAUCCCUUUGUGCCAUCGAUUCUUCCUAGUUCAUGAUCAAGAUUUGCUCUGUUGUUGAUUUUGCUGACGAAACGUGCUGACAAUUAUCGAGCCUAAUGCAGCAGUAAACGAAACAAAAUUUGCCGACGAAUUCAACUGUUAAUUCGCAGCAAAUCAGAAGAAAAUCGGCGAAUCGGAACAUCGAAAAUUUCGGACGUCCUCGAGAUGGCGGCAGGCGGUUUUAUCGAUCGGACUGGUUUUGCGGCGAGAUUACGUUCCGCACACGUCACACACACGUACACACCGUCGACCGUAAACGAAAUAAAUAAAAAGGAGAAAAAGGAGAAAAAAGAAGAAAAAAGACAAAUAUCACUCGGUUCGCAUUGCACCCUUGUACAAAGCGCAUAACUGAAUGACGAAGUAACAAAACGCGAUUUACUAUACGAUAUUUAUAACACGUAAACUCAAGUAAAUAGAUAGAAUAUACCAGCUAUAAUGAAAUAAUACGAAACACCGUCUCGCGUUAAAUCGAAAAAAGGGGAUGGAAAAAAAAGUGAGCGAAAAUGAAGAGAAACAAAAAUUCUAGAGGAACACACUUUGCACACUUACACAGAGACGCGCGCACAUGCAAACCCACACGAACACAUAGAAACACACACAAACAUACAUACAUACAUACAUACAUACAACAUAUACGGAGGCAAAGAGGGAGAAAGAGAGAGAGAAAUAUGUACACACACAUACAUACGCGCGCGUAGAUACUCGUACGUGUCCCAUAUUAAAAGACAUAAAAACUACACUACAGGACUCACACGAGAUACUAUUCUACAAAUACAACAUAAGCGAAUAAAAUGAUAAAACAGACAACGCGGAUCCAUGAGAUAUACAGAUUUAACGAUUAGGUAAUUAAUUAAACAAGCGAUUAAAUAAAAAUUAAUUGUGUAACUAAUUAAUACUGAAUUACUAGAAGACUAAUUAGAAGAGAAAAAUUUGCAUAUGCAGCCCAUAGAACGAAGGAGUGAAUGCGUGUACGGACGGGGUAUGGUGUGAAUCUCUUGCAGUCGCGAAUCCCAAACAAAAGAAAGAAAAAAAAUUACGAAAAAACGCUCCGCGACAUCGGCACUCGCGCGGCUUUGUUCAGAACUUGUUCGAUUUUACAGCUCAACUACUUGUAAAGAUCUCGAAAUAUACGCACACACGAUAAAUAUACACGCAUACACUUUGUUCGCGUGGGCGCGCGCGCUCGCGCGACGAUAUACGUUUUACUCUGUUCUUCCUAAUCGAACGCGCGCGUGCGAUUAUUUAUUAGUGAUCCAGAGAUUGAUCCAGAGAGAGAGAGAGAGAGAGAGAGAGAGAGAGAGAGAGAGAGAGGAAGAAAGAAAGAGAGAGAGAGAGAGAGAAAGAGAGCGCGCGCGCGCCCAUUGAUCCUUCGUUUUGAAGCGAGAGAAACGCGAUUUAAAUACGUAGGUACGUCGACGUUACGGAGAGAUGAUGAUGAUGAUAAUGAUGAGGAUAAUGAUGAUGAUGAUGAUGAUAAUGAUUAUGAUAGUGAUAAUGAUGAUGAUGAUGAUGAUGCUACGGAAAGCGUAAGGAGGUGACACAAAUAUUGUAUGUAUUUAGGAAACGCGCGCGUCGUUCCGCCAGCGAUUUACGCGUCGGAAGCAACCGCACGCGAUUUAACUCUUGUCGACAACGUUCCGAACAGGCCCAACUCGCACGAAGACAAGUCUGAAAUCGUUAACUGACAAGAAUCGUCGCGUAGAAACAAAGAAAUAAACAAACAAACAAACAAACAAAAAAUGAUAAAGAAACAAUAUACCCGUGGAGAGACCGUGCCCGGUAUGAAUCGUGUUUAGUGUGAGUGUGACGAUACCAUUCGUAAACGCAAAGAUGAACGAACGAAUCUUCGGUGAUUUUGUAAUAUUUCUUAUAAGUUGUAGCUGCCAUAUCCAGUAAAAACUAAGUACUAGGUGCGCUGAGUGAUUAUCUGACGACGACUGUUACGAUUAACGAUUCCAAUUGGGUUUGGUGAUGAUGAGAAUGAUGAUGAUACGAUGAGGGCGACGAUAAUGGUAAUAAGGUUCAUGACAAUGGUGAUGAAGUUUAUGAUGAUGAGGAUGGCGAUGAUGAUGAUAAAGAUAACGAUGAUGAUAAUGAUGAUGAUGAUGACCGUGAUUGAUCCUAUUGUGCUUCUGCAAGCGUGUGUCCGCGACUUUGAAUGAGUUACGCUAAGAUGUUGAAAGACGACGGGUCUAAAGAAAACAAUAAACAGUUCAUUACAAUUAUGUAAUUAUAAAUAAGAGGAAAAGAUGAAGAGUAUUAUAAACACGUUGUUAAUUGAAUUAAUAAAACUAGCCCAAAGUGUC